AUGGCCAUCCUUGACCUCAACCAGAAGGACCUCUGGGAGGGGCAGCGCCUGGAUGCUGAGUCCUUGUUGGCGAUGAGAUGUAUUUCGGAGGAGCAGGGCAUGGAUCUGCUGGGCUCGCUCUAUUCCAAAGGUUCUGGGAAGAGUAACGUCAAAAUACGGAAUCCCAAUGACUACGUUCAGGCCGCGGUUGCCAAGAUCAUAAAAGAAGGAGGUACGGGUGGUGGGCGCAAUUUCACUGGCAACCAGACCAGGCAGAAGGCGAUGGAGUUGGGGCUGGUCCUGGAGGACGAGACGCUUCAGCUCUUGUCCAAGAUGCCGUUGAGGGCUUCAGUGAAACUCCUGGAGGCCGGCCAGCAGGCAUCUCAGCGAGGAGAGGAUCCCAAUGCGGCCAUUGUCUUUGCGAAGGUAUGUUCUGCAUGUCUUGCUCCUGAGUUCUUGGACCAAAAGAAGAAGUCCAAGAAGCGUGUCCUUUGUGCUGGCAAGACCUUUGUGCCCUAUGGUAUGAAAGCGGGAGGCCCCCCACCUGCGAUCACGAAAGAGUACCAGCCCACAAAGACAGGUGAUUUGCCUGGAAAAGUGGACUUGCGCAAUCACAUGAGCCCGGUUGAAGACCAGAGUCAGUGCAAUAGCUGUUGCGCAAACGCCGUGGCCGGGGCCUUUGAGUACUUGAACAUGUUGGCAGUCCACGAAAGUCUUAGCAGAUUCUUGAAAUGCAUCCCGCAUUUCCAAGAGGAGUGCUUCGAGAAGGCCCGAAGACAUAAGGUGCUGGAAGCCUCCCGAAUUCCGGUCGACUUGGAUUCCAUGCGCCGCUGCCUGGCCGAGGGCCAUCCCAUUGUUUUUGGCUUGAAGCUGACACAGAGAUUCUUUCGGCCUCGGCAGGGCUUUUGUGCCACACCCGACCCCAGUGACCCUCAAUCAGCCGAUCAUGGGCUCCACGCCAUGCUGCUGGUGGGCUACAACGAUCGCCAGAGCAUCUUCGUUGUGAGGAACAGCUGGGGACCAGAUUGGGGCGACCAAGGCUACGGUUAUGUUCCCUACGACUACGUGGCCAACCCACAGUUCAACAUGGGCGAGCAGUAUGCCAUCAAGGGCCUCACCGAGGUGGAUUUCACCCCGGACGAUGAUGAUGGAGGUGACUUGGAGCUUCCAGGUGAGGAUGAGUUAGACGGAGCGGACGACAUCCAGCAGUUCGAUGCAGAGGAGGACGAAGCUGGUGAUGAGGACGAACUGCUCACCGACACCAUGAAGAUGGCGGAGACCUGCUUUUGGGACAAGGACACGGGGGACUUGAAGGCCGUGGACCAAGCAACCUUUGUGGCAGCGGCGUUGCUGGCCAGCCGGGGCGACUUUGGGUUCGCCAUGCCCUUCGUGAAAGAGAAAAUGGAGAAGAAAUUCUCCGAAACUGGCACCAAGGAAUACACCUUCGAUGAUUUGAAGGAGUACUGGAAAGAGUAUUACGGCUGA